AUGGCUGCCGUCCGCGAGUGGUCCUGCACCCGCUGCACCUUUCUGAACCCUGUGGGCCAGCGCCAGUGCUCCAUAUGUGAAGCCCCUCGCCAGAAGCCUGACCUCAACCACAUCCUGCGGCUCAGCGUGGAGGAACAGAAAUGGGCUUGUGCCCGCUGCACCUUCAGGAACUUUCUGGGCAAGGAAACCUGCGAGGUAUGUGGCUUCACCCCGGAGCCAGGGCCCAGCGGCUCGCCCUUGCCUGUCAUCAACGGCAUCUUGCCCAAGCCUGCCGUGCUUGUGGAGCCCAAGGGCACGUCCAAGGAGGAGGCUGCCAAGGCAGAAAGCAGCAGCGAGGACUCAGAAACGAAGAGCCCUGAUGAAGCGGAGCUGGAGGGCGGCUGGGCUUGCCAGCGCUGCACACUGCACAACACGCCGGUGGCCAACUCCUGCUCUGCCUGUGGUGGUCCACGCAAGCUCUCCCUGCCCAAGAUCCCACCAGAGGCACUGGUCGUCCCUGAAGUCAUCACCCCAGCCGGAUUUCACAUGGCCCCCUCCACCCCGCAGCCUUUAGCCUCUGCAGACACCUCUGAUGGUGACACUGUGGCCACCCAGGGCCCAGUAGCUAUGGAACAAGAGGCCCAGAAGAUACCAGCCUUCAGUCCCUUCUCCCCGGGGCUCCAGAACAACCCAGUGCCCCGCAGCCGUCGGGAGGUACCCCCCCAGCUGCAGAUGCCAGGGUCCGAAGCCUCCCAGCCCGUGGCUCAGAGCACAGCAGGACAGAAGGGCUCUCCACAGGGGCAGGCUAGGGCUGCUCCAGCUGCCCGCUUCCAGGAGCUGCUGUCCAACAAGCGGCUGAGCGUGCUGGAGGAGGAGAUGGAGGUCAGUCCAUCCCACUGGAAGUGCAGUUCCUGCUCCCUGCUUAACUCUGCUGGGACUGGCAAAUGUGAGGCUUGCAGCACCCAGAAAGGCAGUGACACCAUCAACCUGGUGGGGGACUCGGUGAGGUUCACCCCAUGCAGCCCCUCCAGCCCUGACUUCACCACCUGGUCCUGUUCUAAGUGCACCCUCAAGAACCCCACCCUGGCCCAGAAGUGCAAAGCCUGUGGCUCCUCCAAGCUGCACGGCUUCCAGGAGCACGGGACGCAGGGUGAGCCGUCUCCCCGCUGCCCUGACUGUGGGGCUGGCGACAAGGGCGGCUGCUCCUCCUGCGGUGGCAGGGCCCCCUCUGCCCGCAAGGUUGCCCGCCUCUUCCCCUCCCAGCUGCCCACCAGCCAGGAGAGGCCGGGCCAGUGGGCUUGUCCCGCUUGCACCUUGCUCAACGAGCUCAAGGCCAAGCACUGCGCGGCCUGCCACACCCCACAGCAGUACGUGGCCCAGCGCAAGGGCCUCAAGCCCCUGAAGAGACGGGAGAGCAUGCACGUGGAGAAGAGGCGGCAGACGGACGAGGGGGAGGCCAAAGCCCUGUGGGAAAACAUUGUGACCUUCUGCCGGGAGAACAAAGUCAAUUUUGUAGAUGACAGUUUCCACCCUGGGCCCAAGUCUGUGGGAUUCCCGGAGGGUGACAGCGUGCAGCAGAGGGUGAAACAGUGGCUGCGACCCCAUGAAAUCAACUGUAGCAUCUUCAAGGACCGAUCGGUGAAGUGGUCAGUGUUUCGGACACCCAGACCCUCGGAUAUCCUGCAGGGACUGCUGGGAAACUGCUGGUUCCUGAGCGCCCUGGCCGUGCUGGCCGAGCGGCCGGAGCUGGUGGAGAGGGUGAUGAUCACAAGGACGCUCUGCCCCGAGGGUGCCUACCAGGUGCGGCUGUGCAAGGAUGGCACGUGGACCACGGUGCUGGUGGACGACAUGCUGCCCUGCGAUGAGUGCGGGUACCUCCUCUUCUCACAGGCCCAGAGGAAGCAGUUGUGGGUUGCCCUCAUUGAGAAGGCGCUGGCCAAGCUUCAUGGUUCGUACUUUGCCCUCCAGGCAGGGCGUGCUAUUGAAGGCCUGGCUACACUAACGGGUGCCCCCUGCGAGAGCCUGAUGCUGCAGGUCAGCUCCACUAACCCUCGCGAGGAGCCCAUUGACACUGACCUCAUCUGGGCCAAAAUGCUGAGUUCUAAGGAGGCUGGGUUCCUCAUGGGCGCAUCCUGUGGUGGAGGCAACAUGAAAGUGGAUGAUGUGGCCUACGAGAGCAUGGGUCUGCGUCCACGGCACGCCUACUCCAUCCUGGACGUGCGGGAUGUCCAGGGCUUCAGGUUACUGCGACUCCGAAACCCCUGGGGCCGCUUCUCCUGGAACGGCAGCUGGUCAGACGAGUGGCCACACUGGCCGGCUCCCUUGCGUCACGACCUGAUGCCCCAUGGCAGCAGCGAGGGCGUCUUCUGGAUGGAGUACAGCGAUUUCAUUAAGUAUUUUGACUCUGUGGAUAUCUGCAAGCUCCAUUCGGACUGGCACGAGGUGCGCGUGCAGGGCAUGUUCCCCAACAAGGCCAACGGGCCAGUGACGGUGACAUCGCUGACAGUGUUGGAGCGCGCCACCCUGGAGUUUGCCCUCUUCCAGGAAGGCAGCAG